AAUAUGCAAUGAAUUGCUUUUGGUAUGUCAGUAAGUGGUAUAAAUAAGGGUGGGGAGAGAUCCAUUCUUGACGAGAUCAAGAUAAAUCCAUUUCUUUCCUGCAACCAGCAGCGAAACUCCAUUGAUCUGUUGAAAAAAAGAGUAAGAAUACGGAUUCAAAAGCAUCAUGAAGCUCGUGUUUUGUGCUUUUUUUGCUUACGCCAUUGUUGUCCAUUCCUCAGCAGCCAUGGACAAUGUGCACAACAACCAGCCCAAGGAAGUGUCGCAGCAGUCGAGCCAAUCUGUGGAAGCUAUCAAUAACGCAGCAGCAGCAAAAGGCCCAGAAAAGCAGGAGACGUUGAAACCCGAAGCACAAACUCAAGUGCCUUUUCCAGUCAGCAACAGCCAAUUCCCAAACCAACAACAGCACGGAAAUCAAGGAGACCUCGUCAAUAACAACCCUCAACAUCAGAACAACGAGGGAAACCCACCAACAGACCUCAACAACAAACCCAAGAAUCCUAAUUCAAUAUUAGACGGGACUCAAGAGGCAAAUCAUGUAUCAGGACAACCCAACAUCGUUCCGAAUGCAGGGGAAACCACUUCUUCUGACGAGAAACGGAAGCUCACUGCUCCAUGGCCCGCUACCGUCGCACAGCAACAAAACUAAAUUUUAUUCCGCAUACUGUAAUUGCUCUUCGGGAAGAUUGUGAAAUACACACACACACACACAAAAUAUAAAGUGCAUAAUUGGGUUUCCUUCCCUGCAUGCGGAAAUAAGUUGAUGCUGCGGCAUAGAAGGCGCGGGCAUAAUGCAAAAGAAAAAUAUACACUAACUAGAUUUCCCAAUGCUGGGUAUGGGAACCCGACUUUGGUUACUAAAGCCCAUCCA